AUGUUCCUUUCGCAAAAUAGCAUUUUUCAGCCCUGGAAAAUGCUCUUCGUCGGAUGUAUCGGUUUGGUGACCGCUCUAGUGAGUAUAACUCACAAUGUGCUCUUGUUCUACACUUUCAACUGUUCUAAAGUGCUUCGACAAAGGAGCCUCACCUAUUUGAUGUGGAUCUCUGGCUGUGAUAUAUUCAUUUCACUGUGUUAUAUUGCAAUUAUGUGUGUUCAAGUGUACACAGACUAUUAUGAGUCUUUUACGUUGUUUUAUCUCUGGCAUCGCUAUCUUCGAGGCGCUUUUACAGUGUCACAUAUCACUCUGAGCAGCAGUUCGUUUCUGCUCAUGGCGGCUACCAUUGAGCGUUACUUGUUGAGCACCUCCGACCGCCGAGCUACGGAGAUGCUGCAAUUUUUGUCGCGACACCGAGCCGCUGUAGUCUCACUUUGCUUCGUUACCGGCUGCAUUUUCAGAGGAACAGUGCUGUUUGAAGUUGCGGUUGUGUAUAAUCCACGAUGUUCGGGAUUCUCCAGUUUGGGACUAGCAUCCUCCCGACUUUUCUCUAAUCCUGUCCACGAUGCUAUAUGGAAGUUCUGGAUUCGUAAAAUCGUCACAGUGUUUCUUCCAUUCAUCGCAUUGGCUGCAUUCAACGCUGCCAUAGUGCUCAACGUUCGCCGAAGUAACAAGGACCACACUGUGAAAGCAUUGGUUCUUUACACAACCGUUGGCAGCGGAGCGGAAGUGACCCGUCUGAGGUCACGACUUCGAGCUGUCACACGAAUGUUGGUCAUGGUCGUCUGUUGUUAUCUGGCCGCCAACAUCAUUGACGUCACAAUAGAUAUCGAAUCGUUAUUUGCCAACGAAGGAUUUUACACGGUCACAACAGAUAUCUCGUCGUUUCUACCAAUUCUAGCGUGUGCGCUUCGUUUGCCGAUCUAUGCCAUCAAUGAUAAGCAAAUAAAAACUGAGGUGGGUCUCAACCACUUUUACCGCUAG